UUCACGUUUCGAUUUCGGGGCGUUCGCCGUUCGUUCACUCCUUUUUCUCCGACAUUAAAAUCACAUAAUCACCCGUCGGAUUUGCGAGAAUACACUGCUGUCGGUCGGUUAGGUGUCGGAAAUUGAUUGCCCGAAUGGCCAUUCACGAAACUACUUUUGGGAAUCGGAAAGCAACCUCAGCGAAUUAACGCAAUAAAUAAAUCCAACAAGUAUUUAGAAAAAAACAUAAAAUACAAAAGUGUUUUCUUACAAUUAGUUAUAGUCACGUUUAACGACCUUCAUCUUGUCGCUCAAUCGAGGGGAUAAACCACGCCGUAAAUCCCACAAUGGACACUAUAUAUUCGAAAAAUUCAUUAGGAUCGACGUCAGUUUACAAUCACACAAGUACAAUGAAGACAACUGCAUUUUUCCUAGCCACUUUGGCCCUCGCUACUGCAGUGCCCCUUAAUCUUAUAGAAGACGAUGAAGGGCAACAAUAUUUUUUGGUUCCUCUACAAAGACAAAGACGUGAAUCUUCAACUUCGUGGGAUGUUUCAAAAGGACCGGCUGGUACAACCGUAAAAUUGGGCCAGGAAACUGUUCUUGCAUCCAAAGGUGGCCAUGAACUUACCGCCGGAGUCCUUGGUGCAAAAACAUUUAAUCCAACCGGUCCAUUGACUGUUGGAGGAACCUUGGGGUACCAUAAUGUCCCAACUGGUACCGAUGUUAAAGCAGUUGUUGCUCAGACGCCCAAUUGGGGCACAGACGUCGGUCUUCAAGCUUCGAAAACUUUGUGGGCUCCGGACAAAAAUACGAAACUAGAGGCUUAUGGUGGAGUCAGUCAGAGUUUCACACCUUGGGGAAAAACCAAACCAGAAGCAAAUGUUGGUCUUCAGUUUUCCCAUGGACACAACUGGUUCAGCGGUUAAAUUAUAAUGUAUAUAACAUAUUUAUUUAUUUAAUUAUUUUUUAAAAUAAAUAUUUCAAGUAAAAUGUAAA